CGGGGGAGAUCCAACAACAAAUCACAGCCGCAUUCUUUCUCUCACCUUCCGACUGUAGGUUUUCCUUGCUUGGUCUCUCAAAAGGCAUUCAACCUUAAGCCGUCGUACCCAUCCCUCUCUCGCGUAGCACGUGUGACCCCGACACGCCGCUCCCUGACUGUGGCAUAGAUAUCCUCGGGACGACGGACUACCGCCAUCCCCUCGUUUCGCCGCACCCCAUCGCCAACGCAAUGUCUAGCACCAUCAUUCAAGACUACAUGGCUCCGGCUGCUCCUGUUUCUACUCGACAGUCAUCAUGGGCCGAGCAACAAACUCUUCAGUCUCGCUCCACUGUUUCGAAUCUGAUUAAAACACUCGACCCUGCAACACAAAUUCCUUACGUCCCCGAAGUCGCGCUUCCGACCCCUCCGGCCACCACUACUCACAGCAUCAUCUCCAACGAUGAAGAGCAUCCCGCGCUUGCGCCCGUUGUUGAUAUCCCGGUUCACCAACUGGUUCAACAGACUAUCGCUGCCAGCACCGGUGUCGACAUCGACGAGUCGGCUUUCUUUGCUGCCGAUUUGAGCGCCGUUUACCAAGCCGUGCAAAUGUGGCGCGCAUCCCCGAUUGGGUCUCGUGUGGAGAUUUUCUAUGCGGUCAAAUGUAACCCUUCGCCUGCCGUCUUGCAUCUGCUUUCGCUCAUGGGUACUUCUUUCGACUGCGCAUCUUCAUCUGAAAUCAACCAGGUUCUUUCGCUCCCUAGCGCUCCUUCCGGGGACAGGAUUAUCUUCGCCAACCCUUGCAAGCCGGCUUCUUUCAUUCGCACCGCUGCUCAGCGUGGAGUGAGCAUGAUGACUUUCGACAACGUCGACGAGCUCUACAAGGUCAAGCGCAUUUGCCCCAACGCCAAGCUUGUCCUUCGUAUGCUUACAGAUGACUCCAAGUCGCUUUGCCGCCUUGGCUUAAAGUUUGGCGCUCCUGUUGAUAGUUGCCCUGGUCUUCUCAAGGUUGCUCGUCAGCUUGGUUUGAACGUCGUCGGCGUUUCUUUCCAUGUGGGCAGCGGCUGUAAAGAUCCUAUGCAGUUUGCCGAUGCAGUCUGGAGGGCCCGGAAAGUUUUUGACAUGGGUAAGGAAGCUGGGUACAAUUUCGAUUUGCUUGAUAUCGGAGGUGGUUUCGAAAGGGAGACUUUCGCGGAGAUGACUCAGGUUUUGAAGGACAGUUUUGACCUUUAUUUCCCAGAAGACAGUGGGGUUAGGAUUAUUGCUGAGCCUGGUCGAUUUUUGGUGUCGAGCGCUUUCACUUUGGCUACUUCUAUUAUUGCGUCUCGUCGAGCUCCCAAGGCUGAAGCCAGUCAGCAAGUGCAGGCGGCCACUCAGGAGGAUACUAAAAGUGCCGAUGUGAUGUACUACAUCAACGAUGGUGUAUAUGGGUCUUUUAACUGCAUCAUGUUCGACCACCAAAUUGUGCACCCUCAUCCUCUUACUAUUGGCCACAAGCUUGCAAUUGCAGCCCCACCCUUCCCUCCUCCUCCCAAUGUCCAACUCGAGGUCGAUCUUCCCGUGCAAAUGGGCUACAAGGAUGUCGAAAAAGUCAGUGUCUGGGGGCCUACCUGCGACUCAAUUGAUUGUGUGAGGCAAUUGGUUGAUCUUCCCAAGGGAAUGGAUGUCGGAGAUUGGAUUGGAUGGGGUGAGAUGGGGGCGUACACUUUGUGCGCAGCCAGCACCUUCAAUGGUUUUGACAGGUCUCCCGUUCUCUGGACGACUGGUGGUAACACUGAGGACGCUCGAAUGGUGCGAGCGAUUCUCGACUCUUUUGCUGCGACUUCUCUCAGAUGACAUCGACUACACCCCUCGGAAAACAAAAAGGUAGUAGUUAGUUAAUCAAUUCAUUUGUCAUUGCCAUCGUUGCAGUCCUCGUGGUUUAUUUCGCAUUUGUAUAUUUUUGUACCAUAUUCACUACAAUAAUAUAUGUAGGAAGUUAACAAAACAUUCCCAAGUUGACGAACAAUUUUGUAUGUCGUUAUUUGGCGGAGUGAUUGUGUUAAAAUGCUGUCUGAAUGCACUUUUCCAUGCAAUUUGUUCGGAAUGU